CGAGUCUUCUUCUACGUCAGUCCGUGUUCGACCAUCGUGUCGCGUGGAUCGCACGUCCGUUUUGCGUACAGAGAGCCGCGAUUUAUUUAUAAAUCCGUACGGAACGUGGCAUCCGGGUUUUCUCCCAGCUGCUUUUAUCGAAAUGGUGCGCGUGUCACGUCGGUGCGUAAAACUGUGAUUGUGCCUGUGUAUCAGUGAAAUCGAAAAAAGCAUCCUGUUGGACGAGAUGCAUCGUUCAACCAUGCGUUACCGAGGUGAAAAGAAUUUCUCGACUUAGGCUAAGAUGUCACAUCACAGCGACGACAACAUGCUGAUAGCAACGUCAGACUCCUUCUGGGAGCCGGGCAACUACAAGCGAACGACGAGAAGGAUCGAGGACGGUCAUAAGCUCUGCGACAGUUUGAUAGCGUUGGUCCAGGAAAGGGCGGAGAUUGAAAAGAGCUACGCCAAGGCACUCAAGAAUUGGUCCAAGAAUUGGAACGACAAGAUCGAAAAAGGACCCGAAUAUGGUACGACCGAGGCGGCAUGGAAGGGUGUCCUGGUAGAAUCCGACAGACUUUGCGAUCUUCAUCUCAGGGUGAAAGAGAACCUCUGCAAUGACAUCGUCCAGCAAGUCAAAACGUGGCAGAAAGACACGUACCACAAGUCGAUGAUGACCCUGAAGGAGCGCAAGGAAAUGGAAGAUGCGUUCAAGAAGGCGCAAAAGCCAUGGGCGAAACUCCUACAGAAGGUCGAGAAGGCAAAGUCGGAGUAUCACAACAGCUGCAAGACCGAGCGUACCGCGGCGAACAUGGAGAGGAACGCCUCGGCGGACAGUUCUCUCUCGCCGGAUCAGAUGGCCCGAGGCUCUGAAAACGUAAAGAAAAUGCAGGACAGAGUGCAAAAAACGAAAGAGGAAGUGCAGAAGGCGAAGGAGAAAUACGAGGCGGCGCUUCAAGAAAUCAAUCAAUACAAUCCAAAGUACAUGGAAGACAUGACGCAAGUGUUUGAGAAAUGCCAGGAAAUGGAGGCGCAGCGACUACAAUUUUUCAAAGACGUCCUCUUCGGCAUUCACAAAUGUCUGAACAUAUCGCAGGAUCCAGUGCUUCCACAGAUAUACGAGGAAUUUUAUCAUACGAUAAAUAACGCCGACCACGAGAAAGAUCUCAAAUGGUGGUCUAAUAAUCAUGGUGUAAAUAUGGCUAUGAAUUGGCCGCAGUUCGAGGACUACACAGAGGAGUUCCGCGAGAUCACGAAGGGCUCGAAGUCGAAGGAGGCGCUCCCGGCAGGCUCCAUCACACUCAUCAAUCAACGCCCGGUCGGCGAGGAUCUGCAUGAAUUUCCACCGGUCAACAACAAAUCAAAAUCGAAGUCCACCGGCCGUGUAAUAUCAGCGGACAACAAUCACGGAGAUAGCAAAACCGACACAAUAAGUUCGAGCAAACAGCCUUCAGAGAAGAACAACGAGAGCGAUAAUGUCAAUAGGACUGCGACUAUUACUAACGGUACUAACGCCAAGCAAGAGUCAAAUCCAUUCGAAGAGGAGGAAUGGGACGAGGACGGUGGUGAACCACUGGUCGACAAUGGGGAACCAGGGGUUCCCGUGCGAGCACUAUACGACUACGAAGGAGCCGAGGCGGACGAACUUAGUUUUAAGCAAGGAGAUGUAUUCGAAAAGCUAGAAGACGAAGAUGAACAAGGAUGGUGUAAAGGAAGAAAGGACGGUAAAGUGGGUCUUUAUCCGGCGAACUAUGUAGACUUGGUGUCGCAAUAGAUUAACUAAUAUAAAGCCAAAUCCACAAGUUCGUUAGUUACUUAAAUAUGUAACCUUUGCGCGAAGAACAAAAAUUGCGUUUCGUUUCUCUCCGCUGUUGUCUGCGCGAAUUGUAAUUUGUGGAACGACAAUUUCGCGGCGCGUUAGAAGAGAGACGAAUGAUGAAUGAAUAUAGAAUGAAAAAAACGAGUUACAACAUUUUAAAGUCCAAAACUUGAACCUAAAUUGUCUGCAUUUACGAAUUGUAUAGUGAGAAGUGAUUCUGUUUCGAGAUCUAUCCUCCGCAACAGAGGCAAUUAUAGCGAAAUUAAUUUAAAUGAAUAGCUUCUUAUGCAAAAAGAUAGCUCCUCACUCUUUAAAUUUGUUUUUAGAUAGCUAAGUUAGAAUCAAAAUCCUUUAUUAGUUAAUUUCAAUGGAUAAACAUGGAUUACACGCGUACGGCGCGUAUAGCAAGUUUAGAUAUUGGAAUAUUGUACAAUCAUUUUACGGCUCGUUGCUACUCAUAAUUUUUUGGCUGAUGCGACAAGAGUUCUAUUUAAUUUAUUGUUAUUAAAAAAAUAUUAUUAAAAUCUAAUGUCUAUCUAAAUGGUGUCAUUGUACAUAAUAGACAUAAGAGUAUAGCAAUACGUGAAGUUAUUAUUACCAUUUAACGAAUUUAAAGCGUUGCGAUAUUUAUGUGAACACAUAAAAUAUACAGGACAUUACUUUAAAUAAAUAUUAAUAUACAGUAUGUAAAAAAAAAAAGAGUAUUCGCGGGACCCAGAAAACUAUAAUUGUUCUCUUUAUUAAUUAUAUUUUAUAAUUAAGAUAUAAUAAUUUGGCAAAACAAAUAUAUGAAUAAAUUAUCAAUGUUACGUUGAAUCCAGAAAAAUAUUUUCGUCUAAAGUAUGUUGUGUGUACAUAACUUGUUUCUAUAUAAAUCCGAUAAUAUUAGAAAAGUUUACAUGAGAAAAACUUAGGUAUUUUAUUAUUAUUUAAAAAAAUAUGAUUCACUCUUGUAUAUUUCGCACAGAGAAUUAACUGUAACACAUCGUAUACUAAAAAGUAUAUAGAAAUGUCUCAUAUUAACCAUUAUUGAUUUAAUAAAUGUAAUAAUAUCUAUCAAAUACCCCAUACAUGUAUCAAAAAAAUAUCAAAUUAAUUUUUCUGAAACUAAAUGCAUAAAAUUCCAGAAAGUUACUCUACAUAAAUCAUAUAAAACCAAUAUGUAGCUAACACUUUAUUUACUUCCAAAAAUCACAAUUUUUUUCGUAAAACGUUUCUCUAACAAUGAGUUAUUUAAUGUGUUAGCUGCAGAGUCAGAGGGAUAUUUGAUUUAUGAUUAUUAUAAUAGACAUUGAAGAAACUAAAUAUUCAUUGUGAAUACAUUGUGUCUAUGUACACAAUAUUUAUGUAAAUAUCGUAGAAUAUAGUGAAAUCUUUUCUUUUUCAAUUCAGUCUGAUUUUUUUAUAAUCAUUCAUUUAUUACCCCUCUAAAUUACUUUGUGAAGGGUUCGCAACUUUAUACAGUUGUUAAGUAGACCCUGUCUUGUGUAUAAAAUUUAUGUAUAUUUAAUAAAUGACUUAUACAAAA